AUAUACUUCACACUUCCUGGAACAAGCACUUAGAACCUUUGCUUAGAACAACUCGCUCAAGUCGCCAUUCGUGAAGAUAGUCCGCUCCUGCUUAACUCAACCAGUAUGACAUCCCCGAGGCCAGAUAAACCCAGAUCAUGCCUUGUCCCGAACUACCACGACGGUUACUUAGAAAAGAUGGAGAAUAAAAGCCAGAAAUAUAAGAGGUACUGGGCUGUGCUGAGAGGGAACGAGUUAUUCUUCCAGGUGACCAACAGGGAUCCAAUGUAUAUUGAGAAAAUCAAUCUUGAAGACUUCAUGUCUGUGGAAGACGAUGAAAUCUAUAAUAAUAACCUACAACACAUCAUGACAUUGAAGAUGAAAUCUGGAGACAUAAAGUUAAAGGCAGAAACUUUGGAGGCCCAAGAUCAAUGGAAAAGCUUCAUUCACACAGUUACAAAGCUUGAGAUUCCCAAUCAGGUUCUUCUCCCUGGACAGAUUCGAAGACUUCAGGAGGUACUUGAGCUGGAGACAAAGCGACGCCGAAAGUUAGGGUCCUCUCCACCACCCCUGCCACCACUACGAUCAACAACUCCAGAGCUUGAUCAAAACGACUACGAUGAUGUAGAAAACGACCGUCUGAGCUGUUUUCAUAAAGUCUCAAGGAUGGAAGCUGAGACCCUGCUGGCAAAAAACAAAGAAUUUGGAAAUCUGUUAAUGAGACCCAGCCGUGAUGGCAAUAACCUAUCUAUUACAACACGACAAGCAAUCAACAACAAGGCAAUCGUAAACCACUACCGGAUACUGUGUUUGGACAGUGGUUACAUCAUUGACAUUGGUGGUGGCGUCUUGUGCAACAGUAGACAGCAGAUCAUCGACCAUUUUAUUCAACAGACCAAAGGAAUGCUGAAGCCUUUGGAAAUACCGGAGGACUACGAAAUGAAUCUGAGUAUUAUGGUGGAAGACGCUGAAAGUGGAGAACUGAUUAAUCAGAAGCUGCCUACAAGCCCAACAUUAGAACUUCAGACAUUACCUCAACUAGUUAAAAGGAAAUUAAGUCCGAAGAAGCCUGCAAUUAUCGGACCAAAAACAUGUAGCCUCGACAACAAUGGAAUGGCUAAGGAAAAACCACGAGCAUAUCUAAAAAUUGAGCCACAAGCAAAGCCUUCUCGGCCCAUCGAUCUUCAAGGAUUAAAACGGGAUGUUAACGAAGAGCUCAGCAGAAAGUUGCAGCAGAGAAGGGCAGCAAUUAGUGAAUGAGAGACUUCCUGCUCGGGUCCAUUUUCUUUCAUGAAUCAGAGGAGCACCAGGUGAAGAAUUUGAAUAAGAGCUUUACAGGUGACAUGCUUGAGCAUGUAGUAUGUGACUUUCAAAAACUGACUCUCGUUCAAUGAUAAAAUUUUGCAAAAGCUGUAUAUUUAAUCUUGAUUCUGAUGCACGGUUUGAUCAUUUGUAUUCAUGGUACUUCUAGUUUAAUGAUUGUUGUAUCAAUACUGAUUUAAUUGAGAAGUAUGUCAUAAUGCAGUAUAUUUGUUAAAGUGCCAGGAAUGAAUGGGAUGCCCAACCUGGACUGUAAACGGGGAGAGAAAAUGUGGAGGUUAACAAAUCAAGUUUACCUGCUCCACAAACACCCUACUGCACACGACCAGAUUCCCACAUUAAACUUUUCAUUAAUGCCUGUCAAUAUAGAAAAUAUCCUUUUUUUCCCCCCAGGGAUUAAAUGCUAUUAAAACAACAUUGAUGAGCCUUGGGUGGAACACACCUGCUCUAAAAUUGGGUGGCUCCAGGAAUUUGAAAGGAGGGAAUCAGUCUUGGCAUGUAUAUAUUGUAGGAUGCGGUAUUAUGAGGUUUUGUUCAAUUGGUUGGUUGGGGGCAGAGAAGGAGUGAGAGGGAUCUGGAGGGACAGUGAUGCUCCCAAGUGAAAUUUACAGAACCUUUGCUAAGAGAGAUAAGAUAUUAAGAAUCCAUGACAAGUGUGACUCAAACCCAUUGUUUCUUAGCUAUGUUUAAUAUUUUUAACAGAUCAAUGGGUCAUAAUUUUUUAGUCCUCUUCCUUAGUGCCAACAACAACCUUAAUUAAAUAAAGGAAAGUGUAGCUGAAUGAGUAUAUUAUAAUGCAGAGAAAAAAAAGGCUUAAGAGUGAGCCUCACCCAAGAGUGCAGCUUUCCUCUUGCAUUUUGCCUGAAUCAUAAUUGUCUGGAGGUGGUAGUUAACACUCCAUAUUUAUAAUAAUGUAUGCUUUUUCAAAAAAGCUGAGUAACCAGCAGUGCUGUGUAUUUUAUCUUAAGAGAUUUCUGUAAAGAUGCUCUCGAAGUAACUGAUAUUUAGGAACUUAAAUAACUUUUUAAUAAUGCACGUUGAAAUAUCUAGCAGAAUAUCUUGCUUUUGUUUUCUAUACAUGCAAAUAUGCAACUCUUUAUCUGUGUGUAAUCAAAGGGAGGAAACCUCUUAUUUUCCUGCCAUUUACAGGGGAAUUGACCCCCUAGUUAAAUUAACACUGGGCAUAAGUUAGAACUUAACGUGUCCUUUCAAUAAUGAGGCAUGAAGAGUAACAGUGGGAAACAAUAAAGCAAAUAAUUUUGUAUGUAAUUAUUGGUUAUAUCAAUUCAUGUAUUUAUAUUUAAUUAUAACUUGUUAUUUGAUUUGUAAUAAAGUCUUCCAAGACAUUU